CAGAAACAAUCUCAUUGUCUUGUGAAAUGAUUUUCCCUUCUUGUUUAUAGUUAUGCAGAUCAGUUUAUGCUUGUGAAAGUUUGUUCUUUUAUCUCAGUUUGCUCUUUCUGAUAGCAUAAAUUUAAAGUGAAGAUGGGAUUACAUUUAGCCUCUUGGAAAGUCCUCCUAGUUCUACUCCUUGUGUGCGCUUGCACAAGUGGUGCCUGGAAGAUGAGUGGAAAAUAUUUGAAAGAGCAAGGUGAUAGUCAUCAACAGAUAGAGGUGCCUGGGAAAUCGGAGCAUCCAAUGGUUGAUCAUCACAAGAUUCACGCUAAGCAAGCCAUUGAGCCGUCAUCCCACAUGGGUCACAUAGACAAUUCUGUCAGACUGUUCUUUAAAAUAACUGAUCUAAAGCUAAGCAAUAUCAUUCCCACAUAUCUUCCUCAGACAGAUCCUUCAAAUUCUCCUCACUUGUUCUCUAGAGAACAAGCUGAUACAAUUCCAUUUUCAUUGAAAGAUCUUCCUUAUCUUCUUGACUUGUUCUCUUACUCAAAUGAUUCACCUCAAGCCAAGGCCAUGGAAGAUGCUCUUAGAAUGUGUGGAACUAAUGAUCACUUGAAUGGAGAGCUCAAAUUUUGUGCAACCUCUUUGGAGUCCAUGCUUGAUUUUGUACGCAGUGUCUUUGGAUUGAAGACGGAUUUUGAAGUUUUAAGCACUACCCACCUCGUAAAAUCAACUGCCAUUUUCCAGAAUUAUACUAUCCUAGAAGACCCUGAAGAAAUAUCUUCUCCCAAGAUGGUGGCAUGCCAUACCAUGCCUUACCCUUAUGCAAUUUUCUACUGCCAUGGCCGAGCUGAUAACAAAUUAUUCAAAGUUUCACUGGGGGGUGAAGAUGGAGAUAGAGUUGAAGCUGUUGCAGUUUGCCACAUGGAUACCUCUCAUUGGAGUCCUGAUCACAUAUCAUUUCGUUUGCUUGGCACUAAGCCAGGGAUUGAUUCCCAUGUCUGUCAUUUCUUCCCAACUGAUAAUCUAGUAUUCGUUCAAAAAUCUACUUAGUAAACCAGUAAUGUUUUGUAAUUGUAGUGACGUUUCAACUUUCAAGUCCUAAAGCUGCUAUUCUUGUGUACUUGGUUUAACGUUAAUCAAUGUUAAUGGAUCCGAAUGUUGUUCAAUAAA